AGGAAAGAGAGAGAGAGAACGAGAGAGGUAAUGGGAGAGUGGGAGAAAAACUACAACUCUCUCGUGGAAACAGACCGACUCCCAUCUGUACUCGGAGUACUGAGUGCUACAACUUUCCUCUCCACGGAAAUAAGAAAACAAGAAAGUACUCAAAGGGAUUCCAGAGCUGUGUGGCCAGCCACAUCUGUGAAAGUUAAUCUCAGUUUACAUCAACCCUCAUUUACAGAUUUAAAGUGGUGCCACAGGCCGGUGUAGAAGUGCACAACAAAGUGAAAGGGGGUCCUUGCAUGUGUAGCAGGAAAAGCUGUCCACAGCACAACUGACAUCUGGGCAACUGGGCUGCUACUGUCAGACCGGGUUGGAGGACAAUCAACUGCAACUGCUGCUGCCGCUGCUGGUGUGUUUUGUGUGGCGUGGAUGGUGUGGACUUUCUCACGUUGCGGUGGACACACACACACUAAUACAGGAGCUUGCAUGCCCGGUACUCCCCCCCUUCUUGCUCUCUCUCUCUCUCUCUCUCUCUCUCUCUCUCUCCCUCUGGCACAUUCACACACUUGGAGGGAGAAGCAGUGUGUGAGUGGCGGAUCCUGUUGUGUGGAGUGUACUGAAGAGAGGAGAAGAGAGGAGCGGAGCGGCAGACUCUACCAUGCCAGUGCAGGGAGAAAAGCUGAAGCGCUGUCUCUCUCUCUGUCUCUGGAGCCGGAGUCCUCUGCUGUUGCUUGGACUGUUCUCUCUUCACGCACAAGCACAUGGCAAUAUAUUGGACAGUAUGCUGCUAAGAGCAUCCAGUAAGGAGGCAGUAGAGAGUGGGAAGGAGACUGGUGGCAGCACAGCUCCUUCUUCAUCCUCCCAAAGACUACUGUGGUGUCACUGUUAUCACCACUGCCCUGAAGAUUCAACCAAUAAUACAUGCAGGACGGAUGGCUACUGUUUUACCAUGGUGGAGGAGGAGGGAGGGGUACCGGUCCAGACUGCAGGUUGCCUGGGGCUGGUCGGAUCAGAAUUUCAGUGUAGGGACACAGGGAACUCACGUCAGAGGAGAUCGCUAGAGUGCUGUACAGAACAAGAUUACUGUAACAAAAACCUGCAUCCUACACUGCCACCGCUCAAGCCACCUCUCUACGUAGAUGGAAAGAUCCACCACAUGGCCCUGCUGAUCUCAGUCACUGUUUGCAGCAUUAUACUGGCUGCCAUUAUUGUCUUCUGCUACUUCAGGUAUAAGCGCCAGGAGUCUCGUCCUCGGUACAGUAUUGGUCUGGAGCAGGAUGAGACCUACAUUCCCCCUGGAGAAUCUCUGAAAGACUUGAUAGAACAGUCACAAAGCUCUGGCUCAGGCUCAGGGCUCCCUCUAUUGGUGCAGAGAACGAUAGCCAAGCAGAUCCAGAUGGUGAAGCAGAUAGGCAAGGGAAGGUAUGGAGAGGUGUGGAUGGGCAGAUGGAGGGGAGAGAAAGUGGCUGUUAAAGUCUUCUUCACCACUGAGGAGGCCAGUUGGUUCAGAGAGACUGAGAUUUAUCAGACCGUCCUAAUGAGACAUGAGAACAUACUGGGUUUUAUAGCUGCUGAUAUUAAAGGAACUGGAUCCUGGACCCAACUCUACCUAAUCACCGACUACCAUGAAAAUGGCUCUUUGUACGACUACCUUAAAUCAACCACUCUAGACAAUAAAGCCAUGCUGCGACUGGCCUACUCCUCUGUGUCGGGCCUUUGUCACCUCCACACUGAGAUCUUUGGCACCCAGGGCAAACCUGCCAUUGCCCACAGGGAUCUGAAGAGUAAGAACAUAUUGGUGAAAAGAAAUGGGACCUGCUGUAUAGCUGACCUAGGGCUGGCAGUCAAAUUUAUCAGUGACACCAAUGAAGUAGACAUCCCUCCCAACACUAGAGUCGGUACAAAGCGCUACAUGCCUCCAGAGGUUCUGGACGAGACUCUGAACAGAAGCCAUUUUCAGUCAUACAUCAUGGCCGACAUGUACAGCUUUGGGCUCAUUCUCUGGGAGAUCGCUCGCCGUUGUGUUUCAGGAGGGAUCCUUGAAGAGUACCAGUUGCCAUACCAUGAGUUAGUUCCUACAGACCCUUCGUAUGAAGACAUGAGAGAGGUGGUCUGCAUCAAGAGACUGCGACCAUCCUUUCCUAAUCGAUGGACCAGCGAUGAGUGUUUGAGACAGAUGGGGAAGCUGAUGACAGAAUGCUGGGCCCACAACCCAGCCUCCCGCCUCACAGCCCUACGGGUCAAAAAGACACUUGCCAAGAUGUCAGAAUCACAGGACAUCAAGCUGUGAGCGGGCACUGCCAGGUGUGUGUUUACACACAUAGAAAGGGCAUUAACAGUCACACUGGCUCUGGUCCAGGCCGCACAAUCCUUUGUCCUGGGAAGAGGAGGCGGGACAGGAAGCAAGAUCAUCACUUGGAGAUCGAAGGAUCACAAACUUUGAGUCCAGAUGCCCAGAACUCUUCAUACCAAGUCCCCCUUGAAAAAAAUUAUUACAGGACUACGGUGGUUAACUAAAACUUAAUUAAAAACAGUCAGGCCCUUUGUGGCCCUGUUCUGUCCAUCAGAGAAGAUGAGACAUUUUUAUUUCAGACUAGUAUGAGGACUCUAAAACCAGUUCCUGUUCCUGUUCACAUGUUCCAAAGGCCUUGGAGAAAGAGAUUGAGUUUGACUUGGCACUGUAGCUGCAGAGAUACACAAACAAGCUACUGACUAGUGAGUGGAAUACUAUAUCACUGCUUUCUGUGAAAGCUACCCUACCUGUAAAUGAAGGUCCGAUUGAUAGAACGGAAAGUAUGUGCUUUAAGGCAAUCUGUUAUUGCAGCAUGACAACUCCUUUCAAAGCACUGUCACCCCACUACUGCCUUUAUGUUGUAAUUGGAUUGAACACACUUGUGUCACUCUUAAAUUGACUGCUUUUGGCUACAACGACUGACACUAAAAAGUGUACUUUAAAAGAUUUGUUUACGCUGGUAACGUUUGUAGACACUGAAGAAAAGGUAUACCUGUAUUUUUGAGUUGUGAUGGGAUAUGAAAGUUGCAAAAGUGUAUUUUCCAUGUAAAACUCAAACUCUUCAAGACUAUAUGUGAAAAAUAAAGUUUCUAUGUCCAAAUAAAUUCUGGAGUGAGGCUGUACAUGCCUCAGUGUUUCCUUGCCAUUCAAUAAAGAAAACCUGCAUGAGGAGAGGAGGCAUUACAGUAAUGGAGCGACUGAAGCAGAACAGUGCCAUCCGUAGGUGGUCCACAGCAAUCACAGGAAGGGGAGUCUGCCAAGGCAAUCAGACACUGUUGUACAAUAACUGUAGUGGUGCCUUCUUGCUUGAUGAUGUAGUGAUUAUAAAUGUGUGGAAUUGUGCCUGUGUUAGUUUAGGGGUACCACAAGUCGUUUGUGGACCAGAAGCCUUCACUUAGGAUAUAACAGUCAAACACACACUAUUGUUGAAAAAUCAGCUGGUCCUGGAAAACAUCCUCAGCUAUCCCCAAACUAUCGCACCACCAGAAUUACCCUGUGGACAACACAAGGUCACUUUUCUCCUGACCACGAGGCUACCUCAUACAUGUAAAUGAAAAGUACAUGUUGAACUGCCUCCCCGUAAUACACCAUUCGCAACUGUCACACUGAAAUCAAAUGGCAGAGUCAUUAAAAAAAACCAUCAUCUGGCUUCUAUCAGGCGAGUUUCACCACUAAUUCAAAUUCUCACAUAGUAGCAGCCAAGUAUUUGUAAGCUCAAACAGCCUUACUGCCUCAGUAUAAAAUGGUUCUCAAGGUAAAUCUGGAAACCUUUCAUCAAACUUCCACAGUGGUCUGCCAUCACAGCAGUGCCAGUUGAGAUUCCCCUCAAAUGGCACCAAUCCAUUAAUUUUUAGCCAUUUGUACUUGAUACAUUUUCCUUCAGUUCAGUUUUUUUUGGGGGGUCUCUGCCAACUAAAAUAAUGGGAUGCUCCGUCACUGUGGCAGAUUUGUUGUUUUAAAUGCCCUUACUUUCCUCUUGGGUGUUGUGCCUUAUUUAAUCUGUACCUACUGUAGUUGUCUGUGAGAGAAAGUGCUGUUUUUAUUCAGUAAAAAGGUUGAACAUUCCACCCAAUAAAGUGUUUCGCUCAUCCACAUAGCUGAUGCACAGUUUGUGGUGGCUGAAUGAGAUGCACACUAACAAGUCACUUGGCAGCACCUCUUACUGUUAAGGCAUGCUCUCCAUAUUUUCUUUGGUAAAAAAAAAAAGCGGCAUGCCUCAUUACAACCCACAGGUGCUGCUGAGCACACAGCAUGUUAAACAGUGACACCACAAGGAUUUUCUGUUUCAAUUUCCUCUCCUUCAGGGUACUUUAUCCAACUACUUAAAGUCUGGAACCUGUAAAUAUGAAUUUCACAGGGGAAAAAAAGGUAUAAAAUCAAUGUAUUGCAAACCAAAUGUAUAUAUUCAUGGUCUACAAAUUGCAUUUGUGACCGUUCCCCCUGACAGUACAAGCUGUAAUAGUACAAAAUGUGAGAAAUGUAAGUGUAAAACCAUUUCCUGAUACAGUUCUGCAGAAAUAAGCCAGCAUAUGCGCUACACAUUUUCAGCGUUGCUUAUAAAUAUAAUUUAUUAAUUGUCUUAAAAAUUCUUUCUUACACUUUGUACAGAAAACAAUUAGAGGAGAUAGAGAGGCGAGCAUUCAGCAAGAUUGAGCAAGAUUCAUGAAGCGUGCCAGAAUUAGCUAAAAUGGACCAACACUACCCCGCACUAAUCAAAUCAAAUCACCCCCAAUAGUAAAAUAAAAAUGCACUCACAAGCACAGCUCUAGUUAUAGACUUCUAUCAUGAUAACCAAUGCCAAGUUUGCAUAGUAGACACUGCUUUUACAAAAAAGGAAAGAAACUUAAAUAAAAAAAACUUGAAACAUACAAACUAGUAUCUAACUGUACUGCUCUUUUUUUAUAUUCUCAAAUUUGCCAAAUAUAGCUCACAGUACACAACUGUACAUACCGUGGAUAGAAAAGAUUUUUACAUACUUUGAUAUCUUAACACUACUUUCUUCAUUUUCACAUCACAAAGGUUCACGUUCUGGAGGCCUACAUUUGCUCUCCUCAUAUGAAAACUCCCCUUUUCAGUCUACUCCAUUAACAAACAGUCUAUCCUGCUGGUAAACUGUAGACUUGGAACAUGGCAAAGAUUUGAUUUUGGGUGAAGUUGCACAGUAACUGGUAACUUUCAUUUCUUAACCGAUUGUUUCCUUGCGCACGCUCCAUCGGUUAAAAUUUGAUCUUGUAUUCUGCAUUUGAGUUAAUAAGAAAUGUUGAUGUUUACAUUGUAUGAAAGAGACACUGUCAUGACCUUUGGGUUCAUACUUUGUUCUGAAACAAACUUGAUGUUUUAGGCUUUUAUCCCCAAAAUGUACACAACUCUUCCCUUUGAUUUCCUCACAUCUGACAUCAGCAGUUACAUUUGAAAACAUACAAAACAUGCACUGUCAUUUAACCAAACACCUUUUCUAAUUUGUUUAAUAAGGCCUUUCAAAAUUAAAACAUACUGAAUUUUGAGACGUCCGUGUCCACUACGUCUGGUUUUACAUUGAUACAAGAGGUCCGAUUUUUAACUGGCAUAUUUCUGACCGACUAAACAAAGAAAGAAAAAUCAGUGUCUCAAGGUUCCCUUCUGCGUGGACAACCAUGAGAUGAAAUCUGUCACGAAGAGGUAAAGCUCUGACCUUUAGUACUGGUGUUAAUCAGCCUUUGUUUGUCAGCCUACUUGGAUUUCUUUACAAUAUCCUCUUCAGUAUGUCCUCUACAUAGCUGAUGUUUAGUUUCAUAUGGCGUCUCUCCAUAGUUCAGAGCAGAAAUAUCUCAACUCCAUAUUUUGAAUAGUUUACAUGGUUUUUCUUUAAACUGAAUGUUCAUGUUGUCACUAAAGCCACUACAAAUAAGGCUGCUUGUCUUUCUUCAAAGCUGGCUUGUUGGAGUUGCACAUUUUUCAUCAGACACCGUUGACCUGAGUCAGCGCGUACAUUUGAAAGCCAGACUUGGUUCUCUGCGAUGUUCUGCAAAACACAAAUAUAUUACACUCCAUUUUACAUAGGCCCCUUCAGUUGGUAUCCUGACUUUUAGCUCUAAAUCACAACUUUUUCAACAAAUACACCAUGAGUUGGAAUGUUAGUUGCUGACAGAACAUUGUUUUAGAUAAAGGGCAACUAACUGAUAUGUUACAGAUUUUAUCCCACCACCUAAAAACAUUAAAAUGGCAACAAAAAAAUGUUAAUGAAAUAACACAAUAAUGACCACUGGAAAAAAUAUUAUGCUAAUACAGGUCAUUAAAAUGAACAUGAUAAUUAUGUAUUUACACAUUUCAGACGAUUAAAAAAAACGUAAAUGCUGUUAUUCUUCUAAAGCCACUGGAUGGUGCUAAUGACCAGCAAAGUCAUGGUGAUGAUCACAAAUGAAAUCACAUGUGGCCUGACGGCAGAUAACACAACUGACAUCCUGUGAUGAUGGGACACCGAAAAUAUGAAAGAUUAUAUUAUAUUAUAUAGAUAUAUCUAUAUCUAUAUAGAUAUAAAUAUAUAUCUAUAUAAAUAGUUAUGUAGGCUAUAUAUAUUUUAGUAAAUUAAAAUAUGAUUGAUAAAAUCUGUAUAUUGGAUACAUUUAGCGGCAAUGAAUGUUAUCAGCUGUAUUUAAUUCACUAUCACAUAAUACUAUGGUACUUUGUAUAUUACUUAAUUUAAAAACACUUGUGUGUUCACACGUGUUUUCACUUCAAGUUCAUACCCUUUUGCUUUCUCUCUCUUUUCUCUGAGUUGGACCCUGUCCAGAAACAAGCCUCAACAGCCUAUCAGAGAAACUCCUGGAUUUGAGGUUGUGGUAAACCAAAUGUGGUAGCCAUGGCUUGCAUUCUCCACCCUGCAUCACUCUCAACUCCUCUUUGGGGAGGAAUAGAGCAGCAGCAUUACUGCAGAUAGCAUGCUAACACUUGAUUUUAGUUUGAGAUGCAUUUGUAGCUUGAAGAUCCUCGUUUCAAUGCUUUACAAUGGCUUGUGGUGAACCUCCAAGUGCAGAAAGGUUUUUGCUGUGUGCUUAUGCAUACCCCUUUAAAACAAGCAUAUUAGUACACUGUACUGUAAUAUACUGUGCAUGAGAAUGAAUUCUCUGCCUUGUUUAUCUGUUUAUCAUAAGUGCAAUCUUACAUAUACCUCAAAACAGACAAUUUCACAAGUCUGUCACAACCAUACACUACUAAAAAUGGCAAACAAAAAAUAAGUUUUUACUUUCAUCCAUCAGAGGUGUAAUCACCUUCGAUUGGCUUCUUUACGAAAAUUAGAGGCACAAGUGAAAAGGCAAGUGGACAGCAAGUUCAGUUGCCUUUGACUUAGUACUUAUACAUUUCCUGUGACCUGGAUGAUUUAAUAUCUUCACGCAUUUUGGAGGAAAUCCACAAACUCAAUUUAACACAAAUUUAAACUUAUGAUGUCACUUAUGAUGUCAGCCAAAAAGGGAAAUCCGUGGUUUCGGGCUUGUUUCUGGUCAGGAUCCUUGAUUGACAGUCACUGUGUAGCAAAUUCUGUUAGCAGGAAAUGAUCCACACAUAUGGACAGCAGAAUACAUAGAGCGUUCCCUAGGAAACGAUAUAAAGACAACAAACUGUACUGGCAAACAUGUACAGCUCACAAGGCUCACAAGAGAAGAGUGGGUUAUCUCCCCGCUCUCAUUAUCUGUUUUCCAUCCUGCUCUUACAGAUGAUCACCUGCAGCUUCUUCCAUCAUUUUAUGUUUACGUCUUCCUUCCCUAUUGUAAUCAGUUUAGCUUCUCUCUGUGUUUACUCUUGUGUCACUAAAGAGCCUUGUCUCUAAGUCACUCUCUCUUUUUCCCCACUCUACCUUCUCCUUCCCUUUUGUAAUCAGUUUAGCUUCCUACCUUUAUGAUUCUGUUCCAUUCCUAUAGAGGUUUUCAAGGUCAGUACCUCUUGUUGUUUCUUUUUUCUUUUCUCUGCUUCUCUUUGUUCAGUAUAAAGUAACAGCAAGAGAACAACUAGUGGUACACUGGAUAAGGUCUUUUUUUUUUCUUUUUCUUUUUUUUUUUUUUUUUAGGUGUGUGUAUGUUUUGUUUGUUCCUGAUAGACACUGUUUGUGUUGUAGGAUGGGUUAUCUCUCCUUCGGUCACAAACGACACCGCAACGUUGCUCAAAUAAACACACAAAGAUACACACAU